AUGGCGGAGACACGGCGUAGGGAAAAGCCGGCGCCGGACCUUACCGACUUCAUGAACGACAUGUUUUUCGGGACAGUGGAUCAUGUGGACCACAAAACCUACGACCUAACAGGUGGUACAGGUGUGAGCGUGGACUAUGAGGACGACGAGGACGAAGGGUUCGACGACAGCACCAGAAGCAACAGUGCAAGGUUGACGCAAGAGUGGCUACAAGAGGCACGACGAAUCAUGGGUUCCUCUCCUUCACGCAGUAGCUCUCCGGCUCGUCAUUUAGGGUCCCCCAGGUUCGCAGCACCACAACCACCCUCGCCUAUCUCCUCAUCCGACCAUAGGGACUCUCUCUCUAGAACUAGGUCUGCACGAAGAUACAGAGCAGGGGAAGGGAUCAGUGACGAGAUACUGUCGAAAACAGCGAAACACACUCGUAACAAAUCCGACACUUUCACUCAACCUUCAUCAGAUGGGAACGGAUCCCCUGCAACGGCGCUCCACAACUGGUUCUCCAACAUCCUCAAACCCACCAAUAACAAUAACACACAACACCCACCUUCUUCUCCUCCCGAUUCUACCCUUUUAUCUUCUCUCCCUCCACGUCAGCCUCAUCCUCGAAAGUCACGCUUCCAAACCGAGCCCUCUGCUGCGCCUCACCUGCAGGGGAUCCAACUUCCCAACUCCAGACGAACCUUCAAGACUUCUGCGCCGGAGAAUCCUCCCUUGGAUUCCGUUCCUCUUUCGCCGCCCAGGACCCUCGUGGAGUCCGCUCACCGGAGAACCAUAUCGUCUUCGACAUGCUCGAGGGAGAGGAUCGCGCCGAGGCUUGUUGUUGCGAAGGGAGAGGAACCGUGCCUUAACGGGUUCCUCAAAGAGCAGAGGACUUUACUGCAGAAAAUCACCAGCAGAGAGUCGCAUGCGAAUGCGCAAAUCGUGCUUUCGGGACCUUCCAACGGCACGGCGUCGAUGGUAGCUGCCAUUUGUCACGCGUGGCUCUUGGGUUACCGGCAGAGAGAGAAGGAAGGUGGCGUUGCGGUGGUGCCUGUCAUGAACAUGAAGCGAAGCUCCAUGUGGAAGCUGAAGCAAGCUGCGUGGCUCUUUCACCAUGCUGGUCUUGAUGCCACUUCGUUGUUUUUCACUGAUGAGAUGGACAUGGAAAGCCUUCUGAUGACUGGCCAACUGAGCGUCCUCGUGGUUGGACAGGAUGUCUUGAGCACAACUGGCGAGGUUGGAUCCCAAUGCACAGUUGUUACAGAUAAUUACUGUGAGGAUGCCUAUGAUUUACUUCAAAAUCCUGUGCUGAAGAAACUAUUGCUUGCUGGUAUUCUGCUAGACACACAGAAUCUAAAAGCAUCUGCAGCAAUAUCGAUGACAAGAGAUGCAGAGGCAGUCCAGUUGUUAUUGGUUGGCUCAGCCCCAAAUUACAGAUAUGCAUUAUUUGAUCAAUUGAUGCAAGACCAGAAAACUGCGUCUUUUAUCGAAGCUUUGAACCAUAACUACGGGAAGUCUCCUGAUGAAAGUGAAAAAAACAGUGAAGGAAACACGGAGCGUAAAUUUCGCGAGAGAAAGUCAAGCUCUAUAUCUGACCGAGAACCCACCAUAUCAAGUUCAAAAACAAAUUCCUUCGACACAAGAAGUUCUAAAGCUUGCAAGGUUUCACCAAAUCCAGUCAAACUUGUUACGCCACCUUUGCUAUCUCCUUCUCCAGCACCGUCACCAGCACCACAACAUGCAGAAAAGGAGGCCUCACGUGGGAAAAAUAAGUUCUUCUUGGCAAGGUGGUUUGGUUUUGGUUCAAAAUGA